CAUGAAUUAAACUAAAAGACUUGCCUGAUGAACUUAAUGUAAGGUUACGAUAAAGCGGAAUUACAAAAGCAUUGUGAGAAAACAACUGACUCUGUGAUCGCACAAAAAAACACGAGAAAAGAUUAUGAACAACAACCAUGUUGCUUUACAUUAAAUUUACUAAACCGUGCUUUUACUCUGCCUGUAAAAUAACAUCAAUAGAAAGUAGAAUUGGUUAAAGUGCACAUAAUUUUCCCUCCCAUUUCUUGUUUUAAACAUAUCAAAUAUCUUAAUUUCUUUUAAAUAUUUUGAAAUUAUUUAGUAUAUUUUUAAUAGGUGGCCAAAUGUCAUCGUAUAAAUAUUAAAAUUUGCACUGAAAAGUGAUGUCUUUUCAUAUUUCCCGAUGAGUGUCAUUCUGGUGGAUGUUAUUUAAUACUAAAGUACCACUGUCAGUUGCAAAACUUUUCCCACCUUUCAAGUAUUUUGACCACAGUUGACAUAAGCAUGGCUUCUUCUAGAAGAUUUUUUGUUGGAGGCAAUUGGAAAAUGAACGGAGAUAACGCAAGUAUUGCAGAGAUUGUGAAAUUUUUAAACGAAGGAGUGAACGACUCCACAAGCACAGGUGAAUUUCUAUCAUAUAUUACUGGUUGAAAAAGUUUAGAAAAGUGGUAGUCUCUUUAUUAUGGCACUGAUAUGGCCGUCGUUGAUUUUAUUUUAGAGGUCGUAGUUGCACCACCAGCUCUAUACCUGAAACAGGUUGUGACAGAUGUUAACAAAAAUAUAGCUGUGUCAGCACAAAAUUGUUAUAAAGCAACUAAAGGUGCAUUUACUGGAGAGAUAAGGUAAGUUCCCGUGCAUGUCGAAAUAAGCAAGUGAGGUAGCCAGGCGUGAGAACAUAUUUUUCCACCAGUUACUGCUAAAUUUUGUGCUCAAAAUUCACUAAAUCAACAAAAAUUUACCAAAUUAAUGCACCAGUCAAUGUAAAUCCCCCCCCCCCCAACCGGGGAGGGGGGCAGGGACAAUUUCGCUCUUUUACUACUGCUGCAAGUCAAAAUCCCUGCCCCUCCCCGGUUGGGGGGGGGGGGCGGGGGGUUACAUUGACUGGUGCAUAAUUUCCCCUUGAUAUGUGGUGACUGCAUGUAGAUAUGGUGGUGAAAAUAUACACACCACCAUGAAGACCCUGGGGGCGAGGUUGAUCUAUUAGAAGAUUGAUUAGUAUUAGGUAAUGUUUUCGUCAUGUGCAAUCACAGCUUCCAACAAGGCAACUGACUAAGUUAGCAUAAAAAAAAACGAUUGAAAAAACCCACUAUUUCAUAUUCCAUGUUUGAAAUUAAUUGCUGAACAUUAGCAUCUCUAUUAUGCCCUUGACACUGGAAACCCUCCCCACUCCAGGGUUUAAUCUCCCAUCCCCUGGGUCACAAAUGAUACUCUAAACUUCACUCAUCCCCCACCCAUGUUUCCCUGGGGAGGGUGGGGGUUUCAGUGCAUUACACAAGAUACCAACACAAACUUUUACCAAAAAGUUAAUGAAUUUUAAAAAUCUACAAAUUUUACCAGAAUUUUACUAAAAAAAUCUCAAAUUACUAUUUUUUUCCCAAAAUUGACAAAAGUUUUCCAUAAGUAAAAUAUUUUUUUUUUGGGGGGGGGAGUAAAAGCUGUUACCAAGUACAUAUGCUUGGUUAGGGAAACAAUGCAAGCACUCUGGUGCACUAAAACAUUUCUGUAAAAAAGUCUGGGGUGAUUCUGACCAACUCUGCAGUCUGAGAAAGAGGUAAGCUCCAUGUUGUGGUCAAUAGGUGGGUUUUGGUCAGGGACACCUGAACAACGUCACGGCAAGGGAAAUGGAUUUUCAUGGUGGGGCACUUUUCAACGGGUUCAUAAAUUUAGAUUUAGCAACGCCCCCCCCCCCAAUGAUUUUUAAAUUCUCAAAUAUUUCUUUAAAAUCAAAAAGAGAGGGCGUCGACCCUUGUCCCCUAGUAGUCUUGUAUUUCAUGGCCACUAAAAUAGAAUUAAGAAGUUAAUGUAGGUUAAUUUUCUUGGUCCUACAAGAGUGAAAAAUUGUGAAGAUAAGCCCAUCUACUGCCUCGUAACUAGUUUACUGAAACCCACCAACAUGUGGCGUUUGUUGUUUUAAGUCCAGAAAUGAUAAAAGAUGUUGGUGGGAAAUGGGUGAUACUAGGGCAUUCAGAAAGAAGACAUAAAUUUGGGGAAAAAGAUGAGGUAAAGUUUCUCUUAAUUAAACUAUUGGAUGGAUUGACAGCAGGGUCUUAGCUAGGAUUUUAGAUCUUGGGCGUGUUUCUAAUGACCAGGGCGUGCACAUGUCAAUUACUUUGAAUAGCAAAAUAAUGGCUCUAGUUAUGCUCGCCAACAACAAUGCCUGUGGUUGUUCUAUGCUUUGCAGCCAAAUACAAGGCGAGCAUACGCGCGCACUGACAAUUAAGUUAUUUCAACAAAAUUAAAACCAUUUGAACACCAUACAGUUCCCAUUAUCCAUCAAAACAUUAAAACAUCACGGAUCACUUUUGCCAAUUCAACAACAACAGUAGAUUCUACAAAUUUUCUUGUCGUAAAUAGGAAGAAAUUCUGUCUGUCGUAAGUAUAGCACCACCUUAUUUUAUGAACCUAUAUACACGGCCUUAUAUAAAUAGUGAAGCCGCGUUCAUUUUAUCUAGCCGUGUUUUUGCACUUUUGGCCGCGAUAACACAGCCAACACGGCCCUCUAGCUAAGACCCUGAUUGACAGCCAUUAUUGUAUGUCAUGUACAGACUGAGGUACCAUGUUCUGUUUCUUAAUUCAUUCCAGUUAAUUGGUGAGAAAGUUGGACAUGCGUUGUCAGCAGGCAUUGGUGUGAUUGCAUGUGUGGGAGAAUUGUUAAGUGAGAGAGAAAAUGGUACUACUUCUGAAGUUGUAUAUAGACAAACCAAGGCAAUUGCAGGUAAAUGUCAAGUGUCAGCAGUGGCGGAAAUCUUGGUGGGGCGGAAAAUUCACCUUCGCGGAAAUUUUGACCUAAAAGAGGGCUAAAAACAGUCUUUUCGAGUGCAAAUGGGGGGGGGGGUCGGAAAUUUGAAAGUUUUGUCGGAAAUUUAGGAGUGAAUUUCCGCCACUGAGUGUCAGAAACAAGAUUUACAGUCAAUUCCUCCAUUGAACCCUGUCAAAUAACCCCCCUCUUGUGGACACUUUAUGUUACCCCCCCUUCUUGGCCUCUUGCGGAUACUCUGUUAAGUCGUUAACCACUACCAAAUGUGGCUGAAAUAGAGAUUCACAGUAUUUAUUGUUUUUAGGAAAUGUUAGUGACUGGAACAGAGUAGUAAUAGCAUAUGAGCCAGUCUGGGCCAUUGGUACAGGCAAGACGGCAACACCCGACCAAGCACAAGAAGUUCAUGACCUUAUUAGGAAAUGGUUGAAUGAUAAUGUAUCGUCUGAUGUUGCUAAUUCAAUCAGGAUUAUCUAUGGUGGUAAUGUAUUUAUGUUGUUUGGCCUUCCUCAUAUUUACUUUCUUGUCAAACUAUGUUAUCAUAAAUUACUUAUCCAUUAUGAUGUAGUUAUGAUAUGGCAAGUAUCACUUCUGGUGAAAUGGCGGACUGUGAUUGGCUGAGAAGCACUUUCAGCGGCUCAUUAUUUUCCCGUAAUGGACCGCUGUCCAUUACGUAAAAACAAACGCAUGCAUUUUAAAACAAAAUUUUUUGUUUUAAUAAUUUUAUUUGUUAUUACAGAUAAACUACGUGAAGCGUUCCUCUUUUGACUUCAUAACUCAUUUGGAAAUUUCCUCAUUAGCUUUGCAAAUUUGAAAAACUCUUUGCAAAUCCUUUGAGGGAAUUUGCAAUAUUCCUAUCGGCUGUUGCAAUAUUCCAAUGCAACGAACUUCAUUUUAAAUUUUCCUAACUUCCUGUUUUAAUCAUGUUUCGCUCGCUACUCUGGUUUAAAUAAAUGAUUACAAAGCCCAGUCGAAUUGUAAUCAAGACCCAACGUUUCGACACUCCAGUCUAGUGUCUUCAUCAGGGGUGAUCUAAAACUGCGAUCGUGGCUUCUUAAAUACCCAAGGGAUGACGUCACCUGCCAAGAAGAUGCAUAUAUUCCUCUGGAAAAUAGGCACCGUCAUCCCUAUUCAACGCAUGAUGACUCAUAUUUAUAUGCCACGCUUCAAAGCAUGAUGACUCAUAUUUAUAUGCCACUGUUCUGAGCGUUAUUGGUCGAUUAUUUUUGGUAGCCAAUUGCAACGCCCAGAACAGAACAGGAAGUUAGGAACUUGUAACAGGAAGUUAAGAACUUCUAUAUAACAGGAACUGAGGAAAAUUUAAUUGGCCGCUUUUAGCAACAUUGCAAAUUCCUUCAUUUUUUUUUAAAUUGCAAAAGUAAUGAGGAAAAUUGCAAUCAAUUUAGCAACUCAAAAGAGGAACGCUCCACGUAGUUUACCUGUAGUAAGAUAUCUGCAAAUGGUUUCUGGUGGGAAAGAAGGAAUACAUUGGUAUUUUUUGUUUUCUUCGACCAAAUGUGUACCACGCUACUAGCAUGCAUUUCAAAUCACGCAUUUCUUGUUUGUUUCAAGUAUAAAUGCCUAUAAAUGCCAUAUAAUAAACUUUUUAUUAACCUCACUUGCUCGGUUUGUACAGAGAAAUAUCGGACAUUCGGACGUCGGUCUUUUUGUACAGACCUCGCCUCACUGGCUCGCCGCUCGGUCUGUAGAAAAAAGACCUCGAUCCAAUAUUUCUCUGUACAAACCUCGCGUUCGGCUAAAGGGCAUAUGACUCGAAAACUAACGUUGUUAUUUUUUAGUCUAAUAUCUUCAAAACGAAGCAAGAAAAUAAAAAUCUAUCAAGGAUGUUACUCUGCACUCUACAGUUUUCAAUAAUCUUUCAAAUUAGACUAAUUUUCAAAUUAGACUAAUUAAAAUAACAACGUCAAUUUUCGAGUCAUAUGCCCUUUAAUAAGAAGUUAUUAUUAACCAUGAUUAUUACAAUCCUCUGGUAGGCUCAGUGAAUGCAAAGAACUGUCGAGAAUUGGCAACGAAACCUGACGUUGAUGGAUUCUUAGUUGGUGGAGCAUCUCUGAAACCAGAGUUCAUUGAAAUUAUAAACGCCAAGUCCUAACGUGGUUUUAGAAGACGUUUAUUCCAGCCAUAAUUGUAGUUUGUGGAAUAUAAACCCUUCAAAUUACUCAUUCCCAUAAUAUCAUGAACUGAGAUGUGAAUAUUAAUUUACAUAUUAAUUAAAGAAAUAG